CGUUUUGUGACUAUGUGGACAUCAUGGGUGCUUUCUUGUUGGCAACCAGUCCCAUCUUGAAGGCGGUCAUCGGCCGCGGUGGUUGGCGAGGGCCGGAGAUGCGUAGUGAGGUGGUGGAGGCGGAGUGUAGGCAUGUCUAAUGGGACCAGUAAGCCUGGAUAUAUGAAUAGUUUUUUGUCAUUCAUUGAGAAUCAGGAGCCAGGUGAAAAACCUGCUGAAAUGACUGAGCCUCAGCCAGAAGUGAACACUACUUCAGAAGCUGAUGAAGUUGACACUGAAACUGAAGGUAGUGACAGAAAACCAGAUGUUAUAGUAAAGGAAGAAAAUGUUGAAAUCAAAACAGAAGUUUUUGCAACCUCUAUAGAGUUUGAUCCCCCAGACGAGGACGUCACACCAACUGAUCAUACUCCAGCUGACCUUUCUCCCGUUCAUCUCCCAUCUACUACUGACAUGUCUCAUACAGAAUAUCCAUUAAAUACAGACUUGAGUGAAAAGCCUUCUAUUACUGAUGGGGAAAAUACCAACAGUUCAGAAGCAACAAACAAUAGUGAGGGUGGAGAGAGACUAAGAGGUGGCAGACGGAAUGUUGCACGUAGAGGUCGUCGGCGCAGUUCUGCAGCAGGUGGAGGCAGUCCAAACUCUCGUGAAGGAGCCCCACAAAGAGAAAAUUUACGAAGAACAUCGCGUAAUGUUCAGCGUUAUGGUCACAUCGAUGCAGAAUCGGAUGGAUUGGCCGACUCUGAUCCAGAUUAUCACUUAAGUGACUCGGACGAUGACCCAGAUUUUAAUCCUAUCAACAAAAAGCCUGUUCCAUUAAGUGACGAAGAAGAAUUUCGGCCUCGUAGAGGACGUGGACGAGGAAGAGGAUCAGGGGGACAUAGAGGCGUAUUCAUUUCUCCAGGUCGGGGUGGUUCUGGUAGAGGUGGAGUCAAGCGGACCUUAGAUAGCAAUUCCAGCAAAGAUGACUCUUCUAAUAAUGCUGACAAACUCUUGUCCACCUCUGGUGGCACCCCACCUGCUCCUAAGAGGCGUGGUCGGCCCCCAUCAUAUCAGGCAUCAACAGUAGUCAGUGCCAGUGGCGGUGGCAGUGGUGGAAGCGUUGGCAGUGGCGUUGGCGAUGGUGGUGGCGUCAGCAGUGGUGUUAGCGGAAGCGUCGGUGGUGGCGAGGGUGGUAGUGAUGGUGGGGGAGACAACACAGUUUCAAGUACGGAUGAUAAGAAAUCAUCAUCCAAGCUGAGCUCUGCGUACAACUAUGCCGGUGGUCGAGUCCAGCGCCAAGUCCAGGCAAUCCGGCUGCCAGAGGGGCCUCAGCUUACAGCUGAACAGCUUGAAAUGGUUGAAUCUCAGUUCAAGAGUGGUGAUUUUGUCAUGGCAAAAAAGGAUAUGGACAUGAUGGAACAUCCGCCAAUCUGGAGGAUUGAUGGAAAAUCACUUCUGCAGAAGUUCCAGGCCUUUGAAAAGGAUGGCAAGACACUGUACAGGAACAUAUCAACUUAUUCGGGAUGGACAUCUCAGGCGAAGGCCCUUUAUGUUGGAGUCCGUGUCACAUUUGUGUUCCAGUCUCGGUAUGACACUGUGGUGGAGUUGGUUGGAGUUCGAAAUGCAGAUGACGAACCUGAGAAACGAAAGGAGGAUGAUGAACCGUCAUGGAGUGCUGUCAAGUAUCAACAUCCCCAAGACUUUGAGAUUUCUGAAGAAUUACGGUCACACAUGCCAAGCUUUGAGAUUUACCUCCAAACUCUUAUAUCACAGGCACUAGACAACAACUUCUUAAUGGAAAUUUAUGAAGAAAGUGAUGAUUACUUUGUGGAAAGAGUUAAAGUAAUAGAUGAGCUUGCUGAGCAGAGGAAGAAGAAAAUACUGGAGAUUGUGCACUGGAAUGACCAAUUCCGGAAAUCAUUAGAUACAUGGCCGUGCAUCAAUGUGAUGCUUACUAAAAAUGCUGACACGUGCCAAGCUUGCUCGAAUAACCCCGCCUCAAAACUUUCACAACUCUAUGGUCAGCCCUAUGAUCAACAGACUCUUCGUUCAAGAGAACCAUUGCAAGCAGAGAUUAACGCCAAGAAUUUUGAAGUGUGUGAUCGCUGCUCGAACAUCUCUCAGAUGUACAAUAAGGUAUCCCAUCAAAAAUAUGACUAUUAUUCCCAGUGCAAGUCAACAGUUACAAACAUGAGAGUUACUCACCCCAGUAAGCACACAACUACAAUUCUUCGAGACUUGCUCGCCAACGACCACUGGAUCAUGGGGCUCUUCCGUUCUAUGUGUACAACGUGGAUCAAAGUAGACAGAUUGUUCCAAGAUGAAGCUGAAAGUCUCAAGAAAAAUGAAAAUGAGAACGAGAAUGAGAACGAGAACGAGAAUGAGAACGAGAACGAGAAUGAGAACGAGAACGAGAACGAGAACGAGAAUGAGAAUGAGAAUGAAAAUGAGAAUGAAAAUGAAAACGAAAAUGAGAACGAAAAUAAAAAUGAAGCAACGUGAUUGACAGUUUGAAGUGUGAAAAUGCAGACUCGACCAUACUGUAUGGAUAAUGCUGAAUUCAAGAGAAUUACAUCAGAAUGUUCAAUAUAGUAAAUAGUUGAAAAGAAUAAUGUUAAUGAUUUGGUGACUUGGCGAAAAGUGAACGUAGAGGAAAUAUAAAUAACCUCUGUUGCAUGGAAGGUAGUAUUGUGAGAGGUAAAUAUAGACGAUGGUGUGAUCAUUCAGUGUACCAUCAAACUGGACUUGUCAUUUCUUUUCCCAUGUCAAAAUUUCUAUAACAUUAGAGUAUAAAAUGAUAUGAAUUGUACACUAGCAGUGUUUGCUGUCAGUUCUUUGAUAGAAUAAGAGUUUCCGAGUAUUUGCUUAGUACCACUUAGCCUACUGCUGAAGUGCGGUAUAAAGAACGAAUCGAAGCCAGCCGAAAGUCUUGCUAGAUUACCAGUACCAGGUAGUUGUAUAAUUUAUAUUCUUUUAAACAUUUUAAAAGCUAAGUCACAAUGUGCAUUAAUGAAGAGGACAGUGCUUUAAGAAAAUUAUUAUUGGUUUUCAUAAUUUAAAUAAUAUUAUAUAUAUAUAUAUGUAUACAUAUAUAUGAUUCGGUUAGAUUCUUGUAGACAAAACUGCUGUACUUAAAACAUUCUUCUAGGGUCUCCAAGGUUGUCAUUUGAAUGUAGCAGAAGGAUUUAUUUGUGUUUUGGUCCUAUGAUAAUUUUAUUAAUUUCUUUGUUAAACACGAAAUUGAGCACCCUGAACGAAAAGUAUGCCUGGCGAGUAUUUUUGUCAAUUCUUGCCAUCUGUAUUCUGCAUGUGUAAUACAUAGAUGUUAUACAUUAAUAUACAUUAAUUAUUUUUACUCCCAAACAAUUCUCUGGACAACAGGUGGUGUUGUGAAAGUUGUGUACUAGGGCGUGUUGAUAUAGCUGGCAUUACUCAAUGUUAAAAAAUGUCUUAUCAUAUAAAUUUUCUAAAUAUUUUCCUAAAUAUGUAAUUGUCUGUUCAUAAAUAAAAGGUGAAUAUUAAAUUGUAUGGCAUGGCAGCUUUUCAUUAGGUUUACUUAUUGUCCAUCAUGGUGCCUAAGUUUUGAGCAUUGAGAAUAAACUAAAUGCCCAAGAAUCUUUCAGUAAUCAUACUUAUAAUGUAGUAUUUUUCUCAGUUAUAUUUAUGCACAAAUUUGAACAUAAAUACAGUAGGCCACCUCUAAAUUCUUCACUGUAGAGCGUGUUGAUUACGGUUUUCUCUGUUACAGUCCUCAUUUCUUAUACCAAGGUCAUGUUAGAUUUCUUAGUUGGUUUGCACGGAAUGAGGGUGGUGAAGCAUGCAUGGGAUCUUUAUGAACAUCACUUCUCUAGUUUUCUUCAAACAUUUAUGGGAUCAAGAGUAUGCUGUACAUAAUAGAUGCAAUAAAAUGUCCAUAUUUUGUUUGAAAAUUACAAUAUUGGAAGUUAAUUUGUGUAGGGAAAUUAAAAAUUUGUGAGGCUGGCAUUUGAUCUUUGGCUCAUGCUCUUUAGCAUCAUCUAAAGGUUUCAUCGCUUCCUCUAGCUCUGUUUCUCUUCCACCUCUUCCCCCAAUUUUUAUUCUUUCUGCCCUCAUGUUUUUCCUUCUUACUUCUUUUCCCCUCUGAGGAAGCUUUCUAAAAGUGUAUUAACAUUAUCGUAAUCUGCAACGAGAGGAUUGAGUUAAGCAGUUUAGUAUUCACAAUUCACUAUAUUGUGAGAGUAAAUUUGUUGAAAAUUUAAUUUGAUUAUUUAAAAACAGGAAACCUUGUGUGGGACAAGCACUUGUAACCAAAUGACGUAUUUGUAAGUUUGUCGAGUGUGAUUCUUUUUUCCGUAGCAGUAUUUAUUAACGUAUUCAUUUAAAAUUAGCAUAAAAUUAAAAGUUUGCAAGAUGUUAGAUUAUGGAAGUUGUGGACUCGAUGCCUCAGUUGGUAAUUGAUCAAAAGUUUGAAUUGAUUAAGUCUUCAAAGGACCUAAUCAAUUGUUAUAGUUAUUUUUUUAAAUAGUUUUAAGUGCUAAAACUAUAUUAAUUACCUGUUUAGGUAUUAAUGCAAGAGUGUGUCUUCUAUUCUGGUGUUGGUUGGAGAAAUUAGCUAGAAUGUUUUUUUUCUGUUUUAAGAAAAUGUUUGAUUUUCAACUUGAGCUAUGAAAGUUAUAUAGUUAUUGUAAGCCCUUGCCAGAGUUGAGAAUGCAUGUCUCUGUACAGUGUAGUAAUUUUGUAAAGGAUCAUAUCACAAGACAUUACAAAUAAAUCGGAAUCAAAAGGCCAUUCUCAAGGUGUCAUUCACCAUUGUUCUUAAAUUUACUCUUUGAUACAUGAAUACUACCUUACCUUACCUCGAGGGGAUUUCGGGGCUUAGCGAGCCCAUGGCCCGGUCGUCGACCAGGCCGCCUCGUUGCUGGACUUUAUAAAUCUAAAUACUAAUAAAUAUUUGGAAACUCAAGAUUUAUAACAUACAUAUUUUUUUAGAAACAUAUUUGUUGAUAAUUUGUAAGAAGUGGUUAAAUUCAGUGUAAAUAUUCAUGAUUUUUCUUCUCGUCCAUUCUUUAUAAGUUAACUGUACUGUAUUGGGGCAACAAUUCCUUCAGAAUUUGCCAGGUCUAAGUUUGAUCCUGAGUCAGGUAGGGUGUACCAGGUGUUUACUCAUAAUCUUGCUGAGGCUUUUCUAAAUAAACCAUUUUUGCAUAGGGUUGAACACCUCUACAGGUGUAGAAAAGUUUGGUAAUGGGAGAAACUCAAUUCCACUGUAUUUGGCUCAGAACCAAAAAUUGUUAAAUUGUUUGGUUUUGCUUUGUACAAAUAUUCUUCUAAGUUUGUAUGUUUAUUUAUCGAUACAGUGAUUUUAAAUAUGAAUGUGUUCAUAAUCUAUUCUUUAUUUAUUGUUUUCCAUUGUUUAAACAUAAUUUUUUUUUAUAUAGUACAGAGCUGUGUCAACUAUAUUGGCACAGGUGAAAUGCCCAUGAGAUUGGGCACUUCAGGGAUUGGUUGAUAGACCCAGUUGUUAGGAGAGGCUUUCCAGCAGUUAUCAUGCCUGAACUUACCUGCUGGAAAGUAGGUUAUAAUUAUAUGGCUGCUUUCUGGUGUCAUUAAUUUUAAAAUUAAAUAAUUUGAGUUGAAUGAGAGCUGAGGUUACUAGGUUUAUUUUUUAUGGAGUUAAAUAUUUGCUCCAUUCCAUCAAGUUGGGAUGGACCGAAGGCCAACAGUAAAUGGAAGAACCUUGCAUUCGUACUGUUACUUUACGAGAUACGAGUAUGUUUUUGGUACUUUACAUUAUAACAUAGUAUUUAGAUGGAGUCAAAAUAGAUUCACUGAUAAUACGCAACCAUGGAAAUACAGUAAUUCCAUGAUGUGGAUGUUGUGGACAUGUGGGGAAAGGCCGAGUGCGUUUCUUCUCUCAUCUGAGGCCCUGUUUACCUCGUGGAAAUGGGAAGUAUGGUUCUGAUAAUGAUAAAUGAUGUUAACUUGUAAUGUAAACCAGAGUUUUUUUAUAAUAUCUGAGAAAUGAAGGAUGGAUAAAUACAAGAGAAUUUGUUUCAUAUCAGAAUAAACUGCAUCCUUGUUUUUUUUCAGUUUUCUUUAAUGUUGUAGCAUAUGUGGUUUGUUUAUACAUUUCAUAAUGACAGCUUACAAAUGUUUUAGGGUUAAUCUCGUCCCAUCCUCCAAAAAUGAUAGUGCUUUUAGCAACUGUUGGUUGAAUAUAUAAAUUUGGACCAUUGUAUUAAGAAAGUUCAUGUUUUGUUACAUUGUAAUAUUCAAUUGGAAUAUUAAAUAUGCAAACCUAGGCCUAACUUAGUACAUAUAUGUGCUAUGCUAGGCCUAGAAAAAGUGUAGGCUUGCCUUUUUUUUCUUGUGCCAUAUAUAAAAUUAAUAAUGCAAAAUGUGAAUUUUUUUGUGCAAGAGUCCAUUUUUAUAUGUUGAUAAAUAGUUAUUAUUAGUGUACUAUCUUUUUGGAUGACAGUUGGUUAAUCUUGACUGAAAUAUUCACGUAAGAAUAAUCUCUAUCUCCUUUGCUAGCUUACUCUCGCACUCUCUCUCUCCCUCUCAUUCUUUUUCUAGUUUUUGUGAAUGCGAGUCUUAUCUGGUUCUUAGAUGAUGCCUUCUCUUAUGAUGAGGGAAGCAGGUUUUGAGUCCUAAAGAGAAAUUUUGUAUCAUUUCAGUAUUCAAAUAUAUUAGGUUUUCAGUGCAUUUCUUAUGGAUUUUUUAUUUGUAUGUGUGUGUGUACGUAUGUUGUGUGUGUGUUUCUAUGGAGCAGACAGCAAGUUGUUUUGUACUCUAUUAUUUACUAACGUGAGAUAGGUUCUAACAAUACAUGUUCAGUAUGUGUAUUAACCUUUAAGGUAGAAUGCAAGUGUUGUCCACCUUACUUGAGAGAAAUUUUAUGGGCAAAAUUCUUGUGAUUUAUAUAGUAUAUCUUCAUAUAUCUCUCCUCUCUCUUUCUUCCCCUCCCUGAGUUAGCAACACACACGCAGCAUUAUGAGUCUACCAGCCACCUUUCUCCUGAGGCAUGACGACUAUCAUUCAGUAAUGCCCAGAUUAAAUUCUCUCUCAUCACCAUGUUUACUUUUCACAGCUGUUACAUGGAACAUUUCUUGGAGGCUCUAUUUGGGCCCCAGUGGUAUGUUGUGGCUUGGUACUCUGUUUAUCCUAUGUUUCAAACAUGGCUAUAUUUCUUGUAUCAUUAUUUGCAUGGAUAAUGAUAGUUGUAGUGUUUGUGUAAAUAUUAUGGGUAAGGAUUUUUGUAUUUUUAUAUUUGCUCAUAUUUUGAUUUUUCUUUUCAUACAUUGAGUAUUUCAUCUAAUGAUAAUGAAUUCUUUGUUAUAUGCUUGUUUCUUGAUUUUUUUUUUAAAGCUGGAGAAGUGA